AUGACCCUCCCUACCGCUACCGACAGCACCGUCGCGUACCUGCGUUCCCUGGGCGCCGUCCGCGCCAGGUCGAAGCAAGUGUACGACCUGAUUGUUGCCGGCAAAGCAGACCACUGGGACUGGGACGAGAGCAAGCUCCAGACCGUCAUCGACUUCUGCGCAGGCUUGAUCCAGACACGGACGCCAUUCCUCCUUCUUUGUUUAUCGGCGCAUGUCAUGUUUCCGGUCGGGUUACGCAGCUCGGGUUUGUCCCACUGUCGUCGUAACCACUUCGGCACCCCCACGCCUACCAAGCGUGACCGCGUAGGCGAACUCCUGAAGGACCCCCGCUUCCCCAAGGAUCCGGAGGAGCGUGCCGCCACCCUCAUCGACCUGUAUGUCGUCAGCGUCUUGCUCGAUGCAGGCGCGGGAAACAAGUGGACCUAUGUCGAGGGAGACUCAGACUGGGUCGGCGGACGCAGUGAGGGCCUCGCCGUUGCUAGCUGGCACAUGUUCCGUGAUGGAGUUUUCAGCGACAAGGGCAAGGAAGACCCCUUCCGCGUUGAUGCUGACAGCUCAGCUGCUGCUCUCCAGCGUCUCACACCCGAGAUCCUUGCCAAGCACAUGCAGGUGACGGAGGAGAAUCCCAUGUCCGGUCUGGAGGGUCGCACCGCGCUCCUGUCCAAGCUUGGCGGCGCUCUCGCCGCCCGUCCCGAUAUCGUCAAGAACGGCAGGCCAGGAGAUCUUGUCUCUUACUUUGAGCCAAAGCUCGGCCCGAACAAGACGCUCAACCUGGACCUCUUCUGGCAGACGCUGUUCGAGCUCCUUGGUCCCAUCUGGCCCGCGCGCACGACGCUUCCUGGCUCAGAUGCCGUGCUCGGAGACGUGUGGCCGUGCCCGUCACUGGACCGCUCCCUCGGCUCGGAGAACCGAAAGCUGGGCGACUCGCUCGUGCCGUUCCACAAGCUGACGCAGUGGUUGUGCUACUCGCUGAUUGAGCCGAUCCAGGACCAGGCAGGUUGGACUGUCCGCUCCAGCAGCGGAAACGAGCAGACCGGUCUCCCGGAAUACAGGAACGGCGGCCUCAUCGUUGACUUUGACCUCCUCAAGCUCCGCCCCGAUAGUCUGGACGAGAGCGUCUGGGUUAACGGCAAAGACGCUCCUCCAAGCUCGAGCCCUCGAGCCCGGCCGUCGUCGAGUGGAGAGCCGCCACGGUUGUCGCUCUGUGUUAAGCAGAAGCUUGGCAAGGACCUCGAGCUCGCCCAGGUCCUGGAGGCAGCCACCUGGAAGGGCGGUCGCGAGAUCGCGAAGGCGAAGCGUCCCGUCGGCGCUGGACCUCCCAUCGAGAUUGUCAGUGACGGAACUGUGUUCUAG